UUUUGCAGGGAAGGGAGCCGGGAGGGGUGGAGAAACAUGGCUGAAAGCGGCCCGGGCGUCCCAACGAACAGCGGGGCUGGCGGCGAGCGGGACCCGGCGGCCAGCAGCAACUUUCCCGAGUACGAGAUGCCGGAGCUGAACACACGCGCUUUCCACGUGGGCGCCUUCGGGGAGCUGUGGCGUGACCGGCUGCGCGGGCAAGGAGACCUGUCGCUGAAGGAGCCGCCGGCAUCCGAGCCGCCUGGCCCUGGAGGGGUCGCCGACCCGGGCUGGGACGACGCCGCGGCGGCGCGGGAUCUGGGCUGCGACCUGGAGGCAGCGACCGAGCUGAGGGCCGUUUGCGGUCUCGAUAAACUGCGGUGCCUUGAGGAGGACCAGGACCCAGAAGUCAUCCCAGAGGAUACUGGCCUACUGACUUUGGGAGUCAGAAAGGAGAUUUUGGAACGUCGGGAAGAAACAUUAACGAUAGAUCGGGCCUGCAGACAAGAAGUACUUGCUUAUGAGAUGGAGUCACAUGCCAUAGGAAAAAAACCUGAAAACCCAGCAGACAUGAUUGAAGAGGGGGAACUUAUCCUAUCUGUGAAUGUCUUCUACCCUGUUAUAUUUCAUAAGCACAAAGAACACAAACCAUACCAGACGAUGCUGGUACUGGGCAGUCAGAAGCUCACGGAACUAAGGGAUUCAAUUUGCUGUGUCAGUGACCUCCAGAUUGGUGGGGAAUUCAGCAACACUCCUGACCAGGCCCCUGAGCACAUCAGUAAAGACUUAUACAAAUCAGCCUUCUUUUAUUUUGAAGGAACGUUUUAUAACGAUAGAAGAUACCCUGAAUGCAGAGAUCUGAGCAGAACUAUCAUUGAGUGGUCAGAGUCCCACGACAGAGGCUAUGGAAAGUUUCAGACUGCUAAAAUGGAAGACUUCACCUUCAAUGACUUAAAGAUUAAAAUGGGUUUUCCCUAUUUAUACUGCCACCAGGGAGACUGUGAACAUGUAGUUGUCAUUACUGACAUAAGGCUUGUGCAUCGGGAUGACUGCUUGGAUAGGACACUUUAUCCCCUUCUUAUCAAGAAGCAUUGGCUAUGGACCAGAAAAUGUUUUGUUUGUAAAAUGUACACAGCCAGAUGGGUGACCAACAAUGACAGUUUUGCACCAGAUGAUCCAUGUUUCUUUUGUGAUGCUUGCUUCCGAAUGCUUCACUAUGACUCAGAAGGCAACAAACUGGGAGAAUUCCUCGCUUAUCCUUAUGUUGAUCCUGGAACGUUUAAUUAAUAACCAAUAAAAAGUGUACACUGUAAGAGUAUGACCAACCUGAAAUAAUCAGCUAAAGUUAACUUCACUCCACCCCCAAAAUUUGAAAUUACAGAUUUUCUUAUAAAGUAAUUUGAUUUAAAUGAUUAAAAAUAUAUUUUACUAUUACACAAUAUAGUUCAUAUUUAGUUCAGUGCAUUUUGCCCAUCUUAAGUGUAUUUAUCUUACAGGAGUGCUUUAUAUAUUAAAUAUAAAUCCUUUGCCAUGUAUAUGUAUUCUGAUUUUCUCCCAGUCUAUGGCUUGCCUAUUCAUUGUAUCCUAACUACUUUUCUGCUAAUCAUUAGCAAAAUUCAAUUAGUGUUACAUCAAGUGUUGGAAGUACUUUGAAAAUUAUUUGAAGAAUGUGAACACCAUAUAUCAUGAGGCUUCCAAGGUUAUAUUUAUAAAUUCAACUAAAUUCCACACUCCCUGGAUGGAUCGCCCUUUCUCUGGCCAGUCCAGUGGGACAAAGUUGUUACUGAAGCCUUCAGAGCCCUGUAGAAGCUUUUGCUUGUCUACAAGCCACCUCAUCUUGACCUGGCAUCUUCAACCAGGUAAGUGUGUGAGUACACUAUGGUCCAUUUUAUUACCCUGCUCCUUGAAACCACAUGACAUAACAGCAUUUAUAAGGCUGAAAGUAUUCCAGUCAAGUUAUUGACACAGAUAAAGUCCGAUUCAGGUUCUCUGAUUCAGAUGGUACUUCUGAAAGUUUUCAAAAUCAUGUGAGAAAAUCAACAAUUGAUUCUGCUGAGGCAAGCCUAAUUUACUCUUUUCUUGGUAAUUACUUAUAUGGCUUUUUCUUAAGAGUUCUGAGAUUUUGUGAAUCGUUGACAGAAAUUUCUUUAAAUGAGGAUUAAGACUGGUUAGACUGUUGUAAGAACGUACUCUUGGUAAGCUAUGAAGACCUGCUGGGUCACAGAAUAAAAAGGGAGGGUGAAC